AUGGCAACAACAACUAUGCAGCUUUAUUGGGAUCUCGCUUCCAUCGAUCCAACCGUGCGUCAGAAUGCGAGCCAAACUUUGAUUCGUGUUUUGGCAGACUUUCAAAAGGAUCACGAGUCCUCGCUUGAAUCUCGAUCGGACGACGACGACGACAACCACCACCUUGCUGACACCGAGGAAGAACUCGAUGCUCUUUGUGCUGCCGAUGUAUCCUAUGCCAUUCGCCGUCUGAUUCGUGGCUUGCCUUCUUCUCGACAAGGUGCUCGUCAGGGUUUUUCUUUGGCUUUAACAGAGUUGCUUGCUGUUACCAAUGUCAUCAAGGUGAAAUUGGUGCUCGAUUUGCUUUUCAAGUACACUGAACGCACGGGAAGCAUGUCUGGUGAAGAAACGCGCGACAUGUUGUUUGGACGUCUCUUUGGAUUAAUGUCAAUCAUCACUGCCGGCAUGCUCACCAAACCCAGUACGACUUUUGACGAUGCCGAACGCAUUUUGGAAAGCUUGAAGGAUAUUUGUCAAGCAAAGUCUUAUCUUAUCGAGGUGUCCUAUCACAUUGUGGUUCAAAUGUUGGCUGCUAUCAAAGAUGUCGAAUACAAGGAUAAGGUCAUUGCAAAGAUCAUUGAAUUGUUCUUGGACGAGGUUGAAACGGUGGAUCAAUUGAAUCUCGCUCUUGCUUUCCAAAAGCAACUUCCCGAAGUGGAUCUUUCCAACAGCUUUAAGAAUUGGAAGAGCAACAACGUUCUUGCCACAGUCAAUCUAUCCCACUUGGCUACGAUUCUCAAGGAAACAUCUGAAGAGGAGCAAGAAAAUCAAGUGGAAUGGAAGCCUCAAUUGCACUCGGUUUGGGAUCAGCUAUUGAACAUUUACUUGGAGCCUGUUGAUCAAAUGAAUGGCCAUGCUGAACGUGAAGAAUCCAACCGUCCCAAAAAGAAGCAACGUCUUUCAAAGAAGGGUGACAGUAAAUCCACCAAGACCAAUGAUGAAAAGGCAAGCUUCGAAGCUUUUUGGAGCGCAACAGUGGAUGGAUCUUUAUUCGAGAACAAUGCAUCACGUGGUCGAAAGUAUUGGGGUUUCUUGUUGGUUCAAAAAGUGCUUCCACGACUCUCUGCCGAGCAAGUGCCACUCAUUUUUACCGAGAACUUUAUGCGUGCAUUCAUCAACAACUUGUCAUCCGAUGUACGCUAUCUCAACAAGAGCGCAAAGUAUACUGCCAACGUCAUUCAAAAGGUGGCAAAUGAGAAUAAGCAAGUGAGCUUUGCUCUCGUUACUCAGCUUCUCGGCAAGCAUGGCCAUCAACACUUUGAUCGUAUCACCAAGACCAAGACGGUGGAGAACUUGCUUGCUACCAUGGAUGCUGAAGGUGUUCGAUCUUAUCUCGAAUACUUGGCUCGUGUCUUUGUUCAACAUGAAGAGAAUGACAAGGUCGAUUCUGUAAGAAGCUGGGCACUUCGACAAAUGACUUUGCUCGUCAAGAAUACGCGUGUUCCCAAGGAAGAAGAAUGGCUUGCAGACUUUGUUCGCUUCUUGAUGGUUUAUGCCUUUUUUGAUGUCAAGAAGGGUGCUACCAAAGGCUCUUGGUUUGAGUCUUAUCGCAAGCCUACACCCGUGCUCUCUGAUGCCAUUCGUGAGGAAUGCAAGAAUACUUUCCAAUCAGUGCUUGUCACCCUUUCCAACAUGCCAUCCUUGGCCAAGACUCAGGAACAGCAAAAUGGUGCCGUGCUCAAAUCACGCAAAUUCCAUGGUGUACGCAACGAUGGUGAACUUUGGGUGUACUAUGUCUUGCAGAUUUAUCAAAAGUUGGCCAGUGACAAGAGCUUGGUGAUCCAUGAUGAGCUUUCGAGUGAGAGCAAGGCCCUCUUUAAAAAGUCAAACACCCUUGUUGAACAACUUCGCAAAAAGGCCACUGAUCCCGAGAGCUUGGAACGAGGCUUUGAAAUUCUCUUUGUGCAUAUGAUGCUUCAUUUAUUGAUCAAUGAGGAGGAAGCUCAGUCCCUACUUGACGAAUUGUUUGAUUGUUACAAAAAGAUCAAUGUCAGCAAGGCACCCAAGACUAGAAAGAGAAAGAAUGCCGAAGAAGAGGAGGCCGAGCCUGAGCCAAUUGAUGUGCUUGUGGAUAUCCUUGUCAGUUUCUUGACCAACCCAUCGCCUGUCCUUAAGGAUCUAGCAGAAAAGGUGUUUGAGAUUUUCUCACACAAGGUUACCAAGCAAACUUUACAAAAUCUUUUGGAUAUCCUUGCUUCCAAUGACAAAAAGCAUGGCAGUGAAGAUUUGUUUGGUGCCGAGGAAUCGGAUGAAGAAAUGGAUGACGACGUUGUUGAAAUUGAAAUGGAUAGCGAGGUUGAUAUGGAUGAAGACGAAGAUGACGAUGAUGCAUCCGUGGAUGAAGAAUUACGACAAAAGGUGGAAGAGACGAUGCGACAACAAGGUGUCUUGGCUGGUGACGACGAUGACGACGAUAAUGAAGAGAUGUUGGAUGAUGAUGCCAUGGCCGAUUUUGAUGACAAGCUUGCAGAGGUGUUCAAGCAAAAGCAUCUUGAAAAGAAGGAGAAGAAAGAUAUUCAAUUGAGCAUCACGCAAUUCAAGAUUAAUGUUAUGGACCUCGUGAUUAUUUUUGUGCGAAAGAACCCUUCAAGUCCAAUGGUCCUUGAUCUCAUUGUGCCCCUGAUCAACAUUAUCCGUGCCACACCUGCCAAAUCCGUCACUGGACAAUUCGUUCAAAAGAUUGUCGCCUUCCUCAAGAACCGCCUUCCCAAAAUGUCCGAGUAUCCAAAGGAACAUGAUCAACAAGUCAUUAUCGAUGUCUAUCAAGCCGUUUACGACUUUGCUCGAUCCACCAGCAACAGUGAAAUGUUUGACAUGUGUGUGCAAUUAUCGCUCUAUCUUCGGAAAUGUGUUCUUGGUGCUGCAGAUGCUGAGAUUACCGAUGACAUGGCUUCAAAGACGAGGGAGGAAAUUGAAAAGUUGGAUGCAAUCACCAUCACUGCACUCGAAGAAUACAUGACCAAGAAGAACACACGAUAUCGAAAGGAUAUCUUUGUCCAUCCUCUGCAACGAUCACCCUUCAGCUCAUGGCCAUUGUUAGAAGCGCUCAUUCAAUACAUCAACCCUGCCGAAUGCAUCAAUCUCUUUAAACAUACCCAGGCGACUCAAUGGAUUACUGCGGUCGUGCAGCGCACAGUGGCCAAGAAAUCACAAGCAUACAAUGAUAAGUUCAUCUCCAUCGCACCCAAGAUUGCAAGCAAAGUUCAAGAGACCCUAGAAGCAUCCAAAGACACGGCAUCCAAGAACAGAUUAACAUAUGACAAUAUGCGGUCAUUUGUGCGGUUUGUGUCGACUCUCGUUCGAUUGCAUAAGAAACUUGUCAACAAUGAUGUCAAGAAAUUGCAAAAGGUAUGGAAAUCAGAGUGGAUCUCAUCCAUUACGACGGUGGAAGCAUACAACAAGCCUGGAUUACAGACAUCAUGCAAGCAACUAGUAUCAAUUUUGGAGCAGUAG